AUGGACCGGUUUGCAGAUAUAUCCGAAGGAGAAGUAGAUCAUUCUUUCUUUGACAGUGACUUUGAAGAAGCACAGAAAUGUGAAAGUCAGUCAGUGUUUGAUAAGCAAAUUGAUGUUACUAAAGAGAGACUAGAUAAAGAUACAGAAAAUACUAACUUGAAAUUUGGACUCCAAACUAAAGAAAAUCAUCUUACUGAGAAGGGAAAUGGGAAAAAAGAAGACAUUCCUCUAGAAGAGCAUUAUCUAGAGAACAAUAUCAUGCACACUAGAAGUUCAUCUUUGACCACUUCUUCAAGGUCAGAAAAACAGUGUGACGUAGGACUUAAGAUGCACUUGCCCAUUUCAAAUAGAAUUCCCAAAAUUGUAAAAGAAGGUGAUGAUUACUAUACAGAUAGUGAGGAAAGCAGUGAUGAUGGGAAAAGACAUCAUAUCAGGUCCAAGUCAGCUAAACCACCUAAUAGCUCCUUUAAAAAAGGAGUAAAUAAAAAGUAUUCCAAAAUGAGUUCCUCUUCCUCCUCUUCCUCUUUGUCCUCAUCUUCAAGUUCAGAUACAGAUUGUUCAGAUACAGGGUCUGAUAGCUGUAUAUCUGAUUCAUCUCCAUCAUUAAAGAAACAUGUUUCUGGUGUAACCCUUUUAUCACCAAAACAGAAAUAUAAUUCAGGAAUAAAAUCAGUAGGAAUGCAGCCUUUAAGUACUAAACCAAAAGUUGGUGAUUAUACUGAGGAAUCUGAAGAUACUGUGACUGAUGUAACUCCUCUAUCAACCCCAGACAUCAGCCCUCUGCAGUCUUUUGAACUGGCUACAUCAAAUGAUCAAAAAGUUAAAGUUAAAAGACAAGAAAAUGUUAGUCAAGAAGUAUAUGAAAAUGGUGAAGACUUACUGUAUAACUCAAAACAUUUGAAAUCACCUGGAAAAGGGAAAGAAAAAUGCGGUCCCUGUCUUACGUCAACCUCAAAGUCCUCAUCAUUAGAUUCUAAUUUAGACCAAAGAUAUAAGCAGAAAGUUUUACAUGACACAAUGGACCUAAAUCAUCUUCUGAAAGCUUUUCUGCAAUUAGAAAAAAAGGGGCCACAACAACAUCGCUUGGAUCCACCUCCAGUAGCACCUAGGAAAAACUACUCUUUCACAAGAGAUGAGGUGAGACAGAUUGAUCGGGAAAAUCAGAGACUUUUGAAAGAACUGUCCAGACAGGCUGACAAACCGGGAAACAAAAGUACAAUUCCUAGAAGACCAGUUGGUCAUCCUCCUAAGUUAUACCACAGUGCUCUCAACAGACAGAGGGAACAACAAAGGAUUGAAAGAGAAAACUUGGAGACAGCAGCCUUGCCCACACAGCUCAGCCACAACUGUACUAUCUUCAGUUAUACCUACUGGGCAAAAGGGGGUGCUUCCAGGACAUCCAGUGCUACCAGUGGUCUCAGUUGUAAGAGUGAACGAUCAGUUUUUGACACAUCCAGUGGCCUAUUGCCAAAGCCUAAGCCCUCCAAUGUCCGUACAGCUUGGUUAUAA